AGAGAACGACACAGAGAGGAGGGGAGAGAGAGGUAUACAGUCCAGGCGUCUCGGCGAGUGUCAGUUGUUUUCGGAGGAGGCUGAGAAGAAAGAAGCGAAGAGACAACAUGGUUCGGUGGUUCCACAGAGACAUCACAGGCCUGCAGGCCGAGGAUAGGCUGAAGACUCGAGGCAUUCAUGGCAGCUUUUUGGCUCGACCCAGCAAGAAAAACGUGGGAGAUUUCUCCCUGUCUGUCAGGGUGGGCGAGCUAGUGACCCACAUCCGGAUCCAGAACACAGGAGACUACUACGACCUGUAUGGCGGGGAGAAGUUUGCCACCCUGUCAGAGCUGGUGGACUACUACACGGCUGAGAACGGCAUCUUGCAGGACAAAGACGGCACCGUCAUCGAGCUCAAAUACCCCCUCAACUGCUCUGACCCCACCACAGAGAGGUGGUACCACGGCCACCUGUCUGGGCCGAAUGCAGAGAAGCUGCUCUGUGUUCGAGACGAGUCGGGGACCUUCCUGGUCAGGGAGUCGCUGUCCAAACCUGGAGACUUUGUCCUGUCGGUUCUGACGGACGAGAAGGGCAAAACUGGAGGAAAAAGGGUCUCCCACAUCAAGAUAAUGUGUCAGAAUGACCGGUAUACAGUGGGAGGUUCAGACUUGUUUGACACGCUGACAGAACUGGUGGAUUACUACAAACGCAAAGGCAUCGAGGAGAUCUCUGGGAACUGGGUGCAUCUCAAACAGCCAUAUUACUCCACCAGAGUGAAUGCAGCAGAUAUCGACAGCAGAGUGAAACAACUGGAUCAGACCACACAGCAGCAGGAGGACGGCGAGGGAGAGAAAAGCAAGGCGGGCUUCUGGGAGGAGUUUGACGCUCUUCAAAAGUUUGAGGCAAAGGUGAAAAAGAGCCGAGAGGAGGGCCAGAGGCCUGAAAACAAGAGCAAAAACAGAUACAAGAAUAUUCUUCCCUUCAAUGACACCAGGGUCAUCCUGCAGGACACCCCUUCUGAUGUAGUGGGUUCAGAUUACAUCAACGCCAACUACGUGAGCAACAACCUGUGGGAGUCCGGAGAUCAGAAAGUUUACAUCGCCACCCAGGGGUGCCUAGCAACAACUGUCAACGAUUUCUGGCAGAUGGUAUGGCAGGAGAAAACGAGGGUGAUCGUCAUGACAACGAGAGAGGUCGAGAAAGGGCGGAAUAAAUGUGUGCCAUACUGGCCGGACCUUCAGAGCUCCAAGGAGGCGGGCCCCUACGUGGUGAGCUGUAAUUCAGAGAGGGAAGCUGCUGAUUACAAAAUCAGAGUUUUGGAGAUUGCUCCUGUGGAUCAGCCAAAACAGUCUCGUACCAUCUGGCACUACCAGUACAUGAGCUGGCCUGACCACGGCGUCCCUCAGGAGCCAGGUGGUGUCCUGAGCUUCCUCAGUCAAGUGAACUCUAAACAGGCUGACUAUCCAGGUGCUGGACCCAUGAUCAUCCACUGCAGUGCUGGAAUUGGUCGAACAGGCACAAUUGUGGUGAUCGACAUGAUAAUUGAGACCAUUGACGCUAUAGGUCUGGACUGUGAUCUCGACAUCCCGAAAUACAUCCAGAUGGUGCGAGAGCAGCGCUCCGGGAUGGUGCAGACAGAAGCACAGUACAAGUUCAUCUAUCUGUCUGUAUCUGAGUACAUACAGACCACCAAGGCCAAAGACUGCGCCUCCAUGGAAACCGAGACAGAGUAUGGAAAUCUGCAACUUAAACACCAACCAGCGAGCAGGAAGGUCUCAAAAACCAAGGAGGACGUUUACGAGAAUCUGUCAAAAGGGAAAAAGGAUGUGAAGAAGCAAAAGUCAGACAAGAAAAGUGGCUCCGUGAAGAAAAGAUAGAAGAAAGUUUUUAUAAAAGUACGUCAUGUUUUUAUAUUUAUGCAGGAACCCUUUUGUUAAAGAAUUAGUUUUUUGGUGGAGACAAAAUAUAAUGUGUGAAAUUAAAGACAAGAUAACUGAUUGACAUCUGAUUUGUCACAUGAAUUCUUGUUUGAAUCGUUUGUUGAGAAUAAAGUCAGAACAUAUGUGA